AUGAUAAUGAGCACAAAUUUGCCUCAGGUUUCGUCGGAGGUGGACUCAGCGGCGGACGACGCGCGGUGUACGUACACCGCAGCAGCUGCGUCGUGCGACGGUCCGCAGUUGCCUCCGUUUGUCCACUUCAAUGAUUCCCACUUGCCUUCAGCUUUUCCGCGGCGCUUUCUCGCUGCACAUGCAGCAUUUUGCACGAAAGAUGGAGAGGCGCCGCAGCUUCCCGACUACCUGCUUGCAGAUUCAAGUUUUUGCGCUCGCCAGAGCAGCAGCGGCGGCAACCUGGCCGGGAAAGCAGCAGGAAAUCCUGCGCAAAUGAGUCAAUUGGCAGAAAAUAAAGAAGAUGAAAUAAAUGGAAUUAAUAUUACACAUUUAGCUGCGCGAAAACCGCUGCAGCAGCGAGCUCUUCUGCGUACCCUGGAGUUCCUGAAACAGGAAGGCUUCGAUUUCAAUUCAAUUCCCAAGCCCAUCAGGGAAUACUUGCUGGCAGAUUCAGAGAAAGCUGCUGCAGCAGCAACAACAGCAAAUAGAAAUUCGAAUGCUGCAGCAAAUAGCGCAAUGAACGGAAAUUCAGAAGCAGCUGGGCAGGCAGCAACUGAAGCUUCUGCUGCAGGCCGCCACGGCGAGCGGCAGCAGACCGUCUGUGCGUCUGCUGCUGCUGCUGCAGCGGACUCUUUUGCUGCUGCUGCAGACGCUGCAGAGAAGCACAGGGCUGGCGCUGCAGAUACGGGAACAGCAGCAGCGGCUGCUGCUGCUGCAGCUCCUAACGAAGCGGGAAAGCGGCAAAGAGAAAAGGACCUUGAUAAUCCCCUGCUGGAGGCGGAAGAAGACAGCAGCAGCAAUUCAGCGCCUUCACCUGCUGCCGCUGCUGCUGCUUCUGCAGCACCUGCUGCUGCUGCUGCUGCUGCUGGCAAAGUUGGCAGCUGCGACCCUGAAGAACGCAAGAAAAGACGGGGAUUGAACUCUGCAGCAAUGCGACACAAAAACUUGGAACAAACCAGCUUGGAGUCUGCUGCCAGCAACUUCUGCCUCGCUAUGGCGGCCUGCGGUGUCUGCGACUCUGCGCAGUGCAGCAGGGAACACGACUUAGCAGCAUUUAUGAAAACGCGUCUCGCGGACUUGGACAAAAAUUGCAUUUUUUUUUCGCGAUGCGGAAUGUGCCCCUACGGCUGCUGCUGCCGAUUUGCUGGCUGCCACCUGGACCCCCAGGGAGUCAACAUGCACAGAGAAGGCCGCCCAGUGACUGUGGCGGAUUUGCAAAACUACAAAGAGUUGCAUAAAAAUGAUGAAAUUAAUAUUGUCACAAUUCAGGCAGCACAAACAUUCAGCAAAAAAAACAAAAAUAAAUCCAAAUCUGGCAAACAGACCCGCACAGAGGGCCCCCAAGGGGGGCCCCCACAAGCAGCGAAGGAGGAAGGGGGCCCCCUUCGGGGGCCCCAGGGAACAAAUGAGGAAGUGGGGCCCCCCCAGCCGCCUGCAGCAAAAGAGGAGCUCCCAGAGACCGACAAGGGGGAGGGGGAGCCCCCAGGGGGGCCCCCGAAGGGGCCCCUGGGGGGGCCCCCAGCGGUUCUUACGGGGGGGCCCCCGGGGGGGCCCCCUGUGGGGCCCGUGGAUAUUGAAGAAGACCUUGGGGGCCCCCGCGAACGGCGGCUGCGAUUUGCGCAGCGCGUUCGGGGCAAAGCGUUUUUGGCCCCUUUAACCACAGUGGGAAAUUUGCCAUUUAGAAGACUCUGCACAAAGUUAGGGGCAGAUGUUACGGUCAGCGAAAUGGCAGUGGCGCAGUCGCUGGUAGAGGGCAAACCCUCGGAGUUGUCUUUGCUGCGGUGA